GGUAAAAGUUAUUUUGGUCAUAUUUAAAUUUACAAUUCACUAUUAUGUAAAGAGAAAGGAUUGAUCUGUGAACCUAUAUACAAGCCACUUCAUUUGGCAAGUACAUUCAAUAGAGGGAUAAAGUAUAAAAGCUGAUGACAUUUACAGAGUUGAAAGAAAAUUUUGGAUAUACAGUGUAUUGUGUAUGAGCGCAGUUUUUGUUUAAUAAAUUUUAGUGGAUAAUUUAACGACAUUGUGUCAAUUUCAUUACAAAGAUAAUGCGCCUUUAUUGAACAAGUAAGAUAAAUGGAAUAAACGAACAUCGUGUAGGUAUUGUUGAAAUUUUAUUAAUUUUAAAGAUAAACGUUUGAACUUACUCGAAAAUGCCUGGACACACAAACUCGUCGGAUCCACACGCACAUGGGCGACCAGUGCGUCCAAAAAGCGGAAGUACUCGAAAAGGAACGACCACAACAACAACAACAAGUGUCUUGUCUAAACCGCGAACGAACACAAACACGAGCGGAAGCGGAAAUGAAGUUCGCAGGUUAGGCAGAGGGUCCGCCAAAAAAGACUCAAAACAAAUGAAAACCGCCAGUAAGGAGCAAAAAGAAAAUAAUUAUGAUCAAAAUGAUAAUAACAGAAUAGAAAAUGGUGAAAUGGAGAAAAAGGUCAAUGAACAUGAAACCAAAGAUGAAACUAAUGGGGACACUGAAAACGGUAAUAAGACCGAUGACGUAAGUGAGAUGGAAGAAAACACAAAAACGCGGUUUACCAGACCGGAAACACCGCCAAAAGUCGAGACCCCGCCACCUGCUCCACCGGAACAACCGGAAGUGUUUACGUUGGAAAAAUUUAAUAAGACUAUGGAUUUAUAUUCAGAAAAAUUUUCCACGUCAAAAUUCAUGCACGUUACCGACGAUUACCCAACAGGCGAACUAAAUGCCUUGAUUUCCGAGGUGAAUAUUAAGAUUGACGAAUACAAGCGAGAGACGUUGUCAUCCCAGAAGCACUUGAAUGACUUAAGACAGCGGAUGCAUGAAGUUAAAGAACGAAUCUCUCACAACAUCCAGCAAAAAUCUAACGCAAUACGAAUGGAUGAGGAUACACAGAGCAUUGAAGAGCGGGAAUUGAGAGAAAAGCUCGCUCGUCUCAAUGCGCAGGUUGCUCAGGCAAACGCGGAAUUAGCCGAAGCUUUACGAUUGUCGGCGGAAACUGAACACACGGCUGUAGAGGCGCAGCUAGCAGCGGAACGAGCAAAAGAGGAGGCGAAGAAUAUUCAGGAGGAGAUAGCUUUCAGAGAAAAGGUUGAAGAAAGGAGGCGUGAACACGAAAAGAAGAAACAAGAAGAAGAGAGGCGGAAAAUGGAGGAGCAAAGACUGCGGGAGGAGGAGAUAAUUCGGGAGAAGGAGGAGGAAUGGAGGAGGAGGGAACACGGAGCGGAGAAAACUGUAGAGUGGGACACGUGGCCAACCUAUGAAUAUAAAGUGGAUGACGACAGAUUUGACGUUGGAUGUAUCAUCCGAGCAGACCCGAAUAAGUUUAACCGGAAUGACGUCACGUGUACAGUUUUAGACCAGAUGGAGAGUCCUGUACCGUUCUCGGAAAGCGAGGAAUUAGUCAGUUUAAUACUGCAUCUCGAGUACAGGAAUGCUGAAGAGAAACUUAAAGAUAAAGUAAUCGUCUGCGUCCCAUACAGUUCAUCAAAACAGUCACAUGGUCAUAAUUCUAAAGAGGCCGUGGUGAAAAUUGAGAAAGACGGUCACUGGGUGUGCCUGGAAACUAAGGAGGAAGUACUCGACGGGUAUAAGGAUACAAAGUUUGCGGCUGCGGAGACAAGAUCACUUGGUCGAAUGGCAGUUUUCAGUCGCCUGAAAAGAGAUUACGCAACACUCUCCAAGAAAGGCGGGAAAGUGACGUCAUCUUACGAUCAGCGAAUCAGCUUGACCGUACCAAAAGAUUGUAUACACGGAAAAGAUCAUAUUUUAAUGGAGGUUCAGCCGAUAGAUUCCUCGUCAGUGAAUGACCUUAAGAACCGGAGUAAGACUUGCAAAGGCCUCCUUAACUCCAGCCCUAUUAUUCACAUGGAGUUCGAGUCCGCGGAAUUCAAAAAACCAGUCACGGUAACAGUUCCUUGCCCUCCAAAUCCAAUAAAAGCUAAGAAAAUAGCAGCCAUGAGAAAAGCUAAAGAAGAUAAGAUGAACAACCCACCAAAGGUGCAUAUAUUAUUACCUCACGAGAUAGAAGCGAUGGAGAAGGAGAAACAAAAGUCAAAGUUACAGAGAAUGCAGGAACAGCUAGCAGCAGACGAGAACAAAGUUGACGAGCCGAAACCCACUAAAUGGUAUAUGGGCGACUAUGCCAACAACGAAGAUGAUGAAAAUGAUAACUUAUACCUAAUAAGCGCCCAGGGGAACAAAUGGUCACCGGUCGAGAACGUGAACAUUAUGCAGGUGAAACUGGACCUUCUUCAGUUUGAGCUUGACAAACCACUAGAAAAAUUUAUGGUUUUGCGUACGAAGACAAACGUGCACGAAGACACAGUUGGUACCAUGGCAACAGAAAUGUCAAAUCUGCUCUCGCAAAAAUUCGUACAAGUUAUUCUUAAACAGAAGAAUGAUGACCCGUUUGACACAGUGAUGUCGGUUGUUCCUCAAUCAAAAACAGAUAAAACUCUGAAGGACUUGUCAAAAGAGGGAUACGACGACGGACCGGAACCAAGUCCGGUUCUGAGUAUAAACGAAGGGGAUGUAAUUGAAGUUUGUUUCCGUGGAAACGUAAAGAACAAAGAUGCAGAAGGGAUACAGUUUGUGUAUAACUCAAAUCUAAAGUCAGAAACCGAAUUCUACGCAUGUGAAGUGGACAAAUAUCUUCAGAAAAAUUUCCCUGUAUACAGAGGAGUUGUUGAGGUUUACCGGAAGUACAAAGUAAAGAAUACAACACGUAGAAAGCGUCGUGAUUCGUCAGACGACCAGGACGAGCCUCCAUUUGAAAUCAAGAAGGAGCUCAUGUGUGAACUGGCUAUAAAUAUACCCAAGUAUCACGUGGAACAGAAUACCACGGUGGUGCGGGCACCUGUUACUAUACAUAACACGUCAGAUGCUGUUAAUGAGGACAUGCUAAGAUUCUUAGCCGAGGAGCUAGGGGACGAGUGGAAAAUGGUUGCCAGUCAUUUGGGCGUGAGUAAACCACGUGUACAAGCAAUUAUUAGAAACAUGCAGUACGGGGAUCAGAGUGACGCUGACGCUAGAUUUGACAUGUUGAUGACGUGGCUUAAAAAGACACCAAAAGCUGUGGACAAGGUUUCAUGUUUGAGUAACGCCUUGUUGAAGAGUUCAAGAGGAGACCUGGCGGAAGAAGUUAGAGCACGUGACAGGGACUUCCGGGAGCAUCACAGGGCUCGUUAGUUAUCAGAAUCAAACAUAAACUCUCCUAUAUUAACUCUGUGAAAAAUCCAUUCCAUGCAAACUUUUAAAUCGAAUCAAUUAACUUCUAUUUAGGACUUGUGUGUAAUAUAAAUAUAACGAAAUAACAUACAGUUACAAUUUGGAAUUAAUGAAUAGCUAAACUAUAUUGGAGCAUAAGCCAUAAACCACUUAAGGUACUUAUUAGCUAUUUGAGCUUGCAGGAAAUAGACUAUAUAAAUCCUCUGAAUUUCAGAAGGUUUUUUUAUUAUCAUCAUUCAAUUUAGUUCGAACGUAUUUUAGUUUAAGCAUAUUUCAUUGCCUUAAAGAUCUGCUGAAGCGAUUAAAAAACAACAUUGUAUUCAUCAAAAAGAAAUGGGUUACAACAUUAGAUAAGUCUUUUGAGUCAAACAUUUCUUUUCUUACAUCUAUGUAUUUUGGAUGUCGAAAGAAAUGGUUCAUUUUGACGUCAUGUUAUGUAAAUGACGUUUUUAAAAAUGUAAAAUAUGCAAGUAUUUAUAACCGUAGAUUAGUUUAGGCGUUAGGGUCAUGCAAUAUGUAUCUUAUGUUCAAAUGUUAACGUCUUUUGGUUAUUUCGUCAUUUAUGUGACGUCAUUUCUUUAAAGUCAUAUAUUCAAAUAACUACACAUAUAAGGUUUAUAGGAAAUAUUUCAGUAAAGAAACACAUUCCUUUUUUUAGGAAUCAAGUACUAGUAGAUAAUUGUCCAUAUGUCAAUUUUGUGCUUUUUUAAUUUAUCUUACAAUUAUAGAAAAUAAUUUUUUACAUAUAUUUAUUGAUUUAUUUUAUUAUUUAUUUGACGUUUGAUUUCUAAGAAAAACACAAAAAACGACUUGAAAGUAGGAACAAAUGUAAACAGUGGUCAUUUAUCUAAAGGUAGAUUCCAGUAAUGUUAAACGUCGAAAAUGUAAAUAAAUACAAUUUAGGCCGGUGCUUGGGGGAUGCUACACUGGUUAAUUUCUCUUAUGAUCAUACUGUGUCAAACUAAUCUUAUAUUUGUACCUUUAAAUUUUUAUUUUCAUAAUUCACGAAGGAUUUCUUUUUUUUAACAAAGGAUUUUUUGUCUAUAUAAAAAUGUCUUUAUAUAAAUGUCAUAGACAGAUACAUGUACAAUAUUUUACUAUUUGCAGUGUUUUGUGAAAUCUUAUAUGGACCUUUAUUAUAUACGUGUAUAACAUAUUCAUAAUUAUUCGGGUAUCUUUGAAAUAUACUGUAUUAUUUUACAAUGUACAUGAAUUUAUUUUCAAUUUGUGAUUCAGUCUAUACUGUAACUGUGAUAUGUUGAAAUAAUAUUUUUAUAUGAACAGACUUGGUAAUUUUUUUAUGGCCAAGCGAAUGUUAUUUAUAUAUUUGUUUAUUUACUUUCAUUAUAUAUAUUGUAUGUUAAUGUGAUUUAUUUGUUGUUUUUUUUUGUUCCAGAUAAAUAAAACUUCGCCUACAAACAAUUAUAAUGAAAAUAACUUGAUAAAUUAUAAUUAAAUCAAUCUUAUGUUCGCUCUGAAAGAGAAACAUUAACUAAGAAAAGGAUCAACUGUCUUGGGCUCUUUUUUUUUUUUUUAUUUCUUUUCAAAUUUUUGUGAGUUUGAAAACCAGGAUAAAAUAAAAAAAAGGUGCUGGCUUAGGCAUUGUUUCUUUCUUUAUUCUUUUUAACUACAUAUUGAAGUUUUUUCUUCAUAACAUAACCAUAUGACUGUUGUUGUAUAUUUUAGUUGCUUUCUAUAAUAGUAUUAUUGUUCGUCUUUCUAGACCAUUAAUUAAGUUUUACCGGUUUGACAUAUCUUCUAUCCGUCCUCCUUUCCGUCCCUUUUCCGUCCAAUUGUUCUUUUCCCGUCCUUUCAUCACAUACCCUUCUUAUUUCUCAUAUUAUCCCCAUAUACUGACUCACGUUUCAGAUAUUUUUGAUUUCUACCACUGACCACUACCCUUUCGAGGGUUGGUGUCAAGGUCGUGUACACUUGGGGCUUAAAAAUAGAUAGUCGUAUUUAUAGGAGACGCUACGGGCCAUCCGUUACUAUUGAGGAAAUUCCUGUUAUCAUAUACGUAUAUUGUAUAAGAUUAUAAUAUUUUAUUAUAGAAAAAUUUCUAGAUAUAAUAUUUUAUUAUAGAAAAAUUUCUAGACCUAUCUGUGAUAUUUAGAACUGUAGAGCGUGUUUUAAAGUCUAUACUCAAGAAUGGCAAACAUAAAAAAUAGUUCGUGCAUGAAUACGGUUAUCUUUCUUCUUUUCCGUCCGAAGUUCACACGUGUUUGUUGCACAGUAAGUGAACCAGAUUUCUGAUAUGACAUGUUUUGGUCAUAAAUUUAGUUUUUGUACAUGCUUUUAAGUUUAUAUUUAUAUUUCUUUUCAGAAAAUAGUAAUGUAACUAUUAUAUACACUACUUACGUUUCAUUUUUUUUCAACACUACAAUAAGACGUUUUUUUCUAAAAAAAUUAUUUCCCAUACAUAUUUAUAUCUUGCAUACAUGUUCAUGUGUUGUUUUUUAACAUUUUUAGAUGAUAAACUGUAUCAUAUUGUAAAUAGUUGUGCUUUUAUAUAUACUGCUAUAUUUAAUUAUAAUCAUA